AUGUUUUUAAUAAAGUUUUCCUUUUUGUUAAUUAGUGCAAACGUGGUAAUUACUUUUGGAGAACAAUCGCAAAAGUUUUUCCGUUCCGACUACGAGAAAUACUUGCCAGAAACUGACAGUUUUUAUAAAGUUCACGGUCUGCCAAAAACUUUCGAUAGAGCGAAGGAGACUUGUGAAAUAGAAGGAGCUGAAUUAUUUUAUCCAGUAGAUGAAGAUGAGGCUAAGGCUAUGAUUACAUAUUGGAAAGAAAAACAAUUUUUUUCCUCAAUUUAUAUCGGUGUUUCGGCACCUUUUGUGCCUGAAGUAUAUCAAACUAUUCACGGUGCUUCAAUAGACACCGUGUACAAUAAAUGGGCCAAAGGUGAACCAAAUAAUCAUGCAGGCAACGAGCAUUGUCUGACUUUGCUAGACGACACCACCCUGAACGAUAUAAACUGUGAUACUACCAAAAGCUUUAUUUGUAAGAAGAGAGCCAGCGCGAUUCAUUGGAACCUGCUAUGUGAUUUACCCGAUAAACGUUACGAAUAUGUGGAACAAUUAGGUAGAUGUUACAAGUUUCACACAAAUCCAAGAAACUGGACGGAGGCUUUCCGAGCUUGCAAUGCCGAGCAGGGGUACUUGGCUAUUAUCGACAGUCAGGGAGAAGCGGACCACCUCGUGAACGUCACAAAGAUGGCGAAAAAAGAUGACGUGGAGGGCAACUAUCUUCGAGGUGCCAUUCAUUUAGGAUUUGUUAAGAAGAAUUCAAUGUGGCGUUCUAUUAUGGGUCGGCCACUCAAAUCCCUCGGCUACAAGACGUGGGGCACAAACCAACCAGACGGAGGAGAUAGAGAGAACUGCGGCUCCAUGUUCUUCAAUGGCAAACUCAACGACAUCGGAUGCAAUCAACAAUGCUUUUUUAUAUGCGAAAGGGAGAUACCGCUAUUAGAAAACUCUAUUAACUUAAGGUUUGGUGAUUACGAUGAUGUACAGUAA